AGUUCUGCCUACCAUCUACACGCGACCCAUCAAGCACUGCAGCACUGUCGACCUCUGGCAGCGCCCUUUUCUUCAUUUACCACUGCCGUCCAUCCAUUGCUCACCUUCGCAAUGUCCAACGGCUUGCCAGAUGAGGUGGUUACCUGCCUCCAGAACGCCCGCUUUCUCCAUCUUGCAACAUGUUCGGACAACAUUCCUCAUGUCUCGUUGAUGAAUUAUACCUACCUACCUAACACCCCUUAUUCUCAAACUCCCAUCAUUAUCAUGACAACACCUAAAACGUCUCGCAAGACACAGAAUCUCGAGGCGAAUACCGUAGUUUCUCUUCUGGUACACGAUUGGAUAUCUCAUCGGCCUCCAACGUUAAACCAGUCAGGUCGUUCACCCUCACCAUCGGGUCCUGCGCCACGUUCUGGAUCAUUGGCUGAGCUCCUCCUUGGCAUGAACACUGCGUCCCUAAGUCGUAUAAGUGCCACCAUCAAUGGAAUUGCUGAGCUUGUACCUUCUGGUUCUGAAGAAGAGACAUGGUACAAAGCCCAGCACCUAGCCAACAAUACCUUCGGUCAGGGUGGUGAGGAUACGUACUCAAGUUCUCCCGUUGGAGAGGGACUGUGGGGUGGUGGUGGGUUAGGCUCGCAAACAGCUGCAGCAGAUGAAACUUUAAGAGAGGGUGACGGAGGCACCAAAUGCUACGUCGAAGGAGGAGAGGUCAGGGUUGUUGUGGUCAAGGUUCGUGACGGACGCAUCGCAGAUUGGAAAGGUCAAGUCAGAGAUUGGAGUCUCUCAGAUAACACGCAAGAUUCUAGGCCCAACGGCGUGUCAUCAUGAUCAUUGUUGUGGGUAUCGCUCGGGACACGAAGGUAAGAAGCCGCUCCAAUGUUGGUCGGCAGUGCUUCAUACCAGAACAUGGACCCGGAGUUCUUCGAGACAAUUAAUGACUGUCACCUGCAUAUAGUGGGGCAAUGAGACAACGCAAGUUGCGAUCUUUUUUCUUCUUCUAGAGGUGAAGGUGAACACUGACGCUCUGGCCGGCUGCCUGUCUCGCCAAGCCCUUAAGCCCCUACUGCUGUCUUUGUUCUCUCAAUCACUCACCAACACCAACC